UAUGGUUGGAUAACAAUGCGCAAACUUCCUGUUUGUUUCGUGCUGCCAGUGUGUAGGAUAGCAGUUUUCGGCCAACGCAUUGUUGGCGGAUCACGCAACUGUGGUUUAUAUAAUGCCCUUGUCAACCUCGUCGCGCAACACAAUUCACAGUUAAGCAACUGGCUCAAUCUGGUGAUGUAUCCAUCCCUCGUGCUGUUUGGUCAGCUUUGCCUGGGUUACCUAGCUGUUGCCAAGAACAUACCGACUUUCGCCGGACCAUGGAUAGCUGACGUGAAACGUGUCUACGCCUGCGACCAUCCAAAGAAUGAGCUGAGACUGCGAAGCAACAUCACCCACUUCAAUCCAGCACGGCCCUUCGCACCACAGACGCUCACGGCGUUUGCGAAUUUUACGCACGAUUUAGACGACAGCCAAUGGGCACGUGGCAAGGUCGAUAUCCGCUCCAACAACCAAUGGAAAGAGAAUGCAUUUGUCUUGAACUUCCGAAACAGAGCCUGCACUGCCGCGAAAGAAAAUUUGCCCCCAGAACUUGCGCAGUACUUUCACCUAGGAACACCGUGUGUAUCUAAAGCGGGAACGCAUAAUAUCGUCGUCAACAUGACCUGGAGGUACGUAAAUUUCCCUGUGAUGCCCUACGGUACGUAUCGCGCUGAGUUCUCUUCAGGACCACCGGCCAGUGACUGGAUAUCUUGCGUCGGAUUUAUCGGAAAAAUCAUUCCAAAGCCAUGAAGGCAUCCUGGCAAACCUUUACAUUGCCAGCCACGGCGCUAGUUUAAAAGUUUCGAGACAACUGGUCAACGGAAUCUGGUAGCAAAUAAACAUGGCUGGUAGGCUAAAUGAUUGUUGAAAUGAGACAGAUAAAAUCUAAAUAAAAUUUGAUGAUUUA